AUGCCAGGACCCAGUCUCUUGCCGCUGGCCUGCCUGGCCCUGCUCUCUACGGCCUUGCUGCUCACGGCCACUUGGACCGACUGCUGGGUAGUUAACACCGACGAUAGUCUGGAGGUGAGCCACAAAUGCCAGGGGCUGUGGCGGGCGUGUGUCACCAAUCUAUUGGAUGGGAUCCGGACCUGUGACCAGUACGAUUCCAUCCUGGCCACCCAUCCACGGCGGCGGGUGCUAACCAGGUCCCUGUUGCUCGUGGCUGGGCUGCUGUGUAGCUGUGGGUUGGUGGCCCUGCUCCUCGCUCUGACCCAGGUGCAGCUCCUGGGGACUGCCCCCAGAACAAGGAUUCGGCUGGCCUGGGCAGCGGGCUGCCUCUUAGCUGCUGGAGGGUUGCCUGGAGCACUGGGCUCACUCUGGUUUGCUGUGGAGGUGGCUAUGGAGCGAACCCUACCUACUCAGCCCCGAGGACCCCUUACUGGCUACUACGAAUGGGGCUGGUCAUGCUGGUUAGGCAUUGUGGGAUCUGCUGGCUGCAUGGCCACUGCGUUGGGCCUAGCUUGCUGCCUUCCAGGCCUCUGGCUCCCAGGCAGGAGAGGCCUUGGGCACCAAAUCAGAAGCGGGCUGCACCCACCCAUAUAUAUCCUGGACUCCAGUGUCUAA